AUGGAGGGGGGCUGGCUCGUGCUCGCCGCCGUCCUCGCCGCGGCGCGGGCGCAGCCUAGCAACAGGAACGAUGGCCCGCGGUUUCUUUCGCGGGGCCAUUCCUUCCGUACAGUCGUGGGGGACACACUACUUCUGCCAUGCCAAGUGCAAAAUUUGGGCUCGCUGGUGCUCCUCUGGCGACGAGGGCCAGCUGUCCUGACGGCCGCCAGCCUUAUGGUGACCAGAGACGAGCGGUUCCGACUGGUGGACGGAUAUAAUCUGCAGAUCACUGAUGUUGGGCCUCAGGACGCAGGCGACUACGUCUGCCAGAUCUCCGACCGGGUGGCUCGCGACCAAGUCCACACAGUGGAGGUGUUGGUACCACCGUCUGUCCGCGCGUCGCCCGAGUCGCGACACGCGGCCGCGCGGCGCGGGGGCGCUGCGGUGCUAGAAUGUCGUGCAGCUGGCAACCCCGUGCCUACUGUCACGUGGCACAAGCUGGUGUCCUUCCAAAACGACAGCAACACCAGGCUCGGCGAGAGUCCGCAACUCCAGCUGUCGCGACUGGAGCGGACGCACAGCGGCCGGUACGCGUGUACUGUCGACAAUGGAGUUGGGCCACCGAUUGUGACGGAGUUUCAGCUGCAAGUGCUCUACCCGCCCGAGAUCACAGUGGAGCGAUCGUGGGUGCACACGGGAGAGGGUUUCAGAGCGGAGUUACUGUGCACAGUGCUCGCCGACCCGCCAGCUGAGGUGUCCUGGUACCAAAACUCGUUCCCUCUGAGUGCCUCCGAGAGGGUGACCAUGUCGGCGAGAGGGAACAACCACACCCUGCACAUCGCUAACGUGCAGCCAGAGGACUUCGGUAACUACAGCUGCGUGGCGGACAACAGCCUCGGACGCGCGCGUCAGCACGUAGAAGUGUCCGGGCGUCCGGGCCCUGCGCGCUUCACGUCGCCGCCGCUCGCUCGCCGCGCGCGCGCUUACACGCUCGCUUUCGCUGUUGAUAGCUACCCUCCGCUGGAUGAGCUGCGACUACUUUAUAGGCAGUUGGCGAUCAACGAGUCAUUCCAGCAGCCAGGCCGCUGGCACGACGUGGUGAUCCCAGCGCCGGCGCCGGCGGGCGCGCUCACGCACCGCGUGUCUCAUGAACUACGCGGGUUAGAGCCGGGAGCCGUGUACGAGGCCAUCGUUCAGGCCAAGAACAGAUACGGAUGGAACGAGGUCAGCGACAUCUUCCAAUUCCACACGCUUGGCGGCACGCACACGGCGCACGCGGACGAGUUAACACCUAUGUUCGCUUCGGCGUCCGACCGCCGACUGAGCGUCGCGCUCGCCGCCGCGGCCUUAUAUGCCCUUCGCGCCGCGGGGUGA